AUGAACCGUCUUGUAACAUCCACUCUCCGCCUCCGUUCAGCAGGCUUCUCUAUAUUUCAUAAAGCACAGCCAUCAAUAUUGUCAAACCCUACUGUGACAGGUUUGCGACAUUAUGCCUCAGGGGCAUUGGAUAUAAGUACUAUUGAAAAUAGGAUUUUAGAUAUUCUAAGAGGGUUUGAUAAGGUUCCCGCUCACAAGUUAUCCGCCGACUCUCACUUUGUUGAUGAUCUUGGAUUGGACAGCCUGGAUACAGUCGAAGUCGUCAUGGCAAUAGAAGAAGACUUUUCAGUCGAAAUUCCCGACAAAGAUGCCGAUAAUAUUCGAUCCGUUAGCGACGCCGUGAAAUACAUUUCUCACGUUAUGCAGACCUCAGGUUGA